AUGUCUAGAAGUGAGGAACAAGUAAUGGAGCACCCCUUUGACAUUGACCUCACCUACAUCACGGAGAGGAUCAUCUCGGUCUUCUUCAUGCCAGAGCUUGAGGAACAGCGAUAUCACAGGGAGUUACAAGAAAUGGCAACUAUGCUUAAAUCCAAGCACCAAGACAAAUUCCUGUUUUUAAAUUUAUCAGAGAAGAGACAUGACAUCACAAGACUCAUUCCAAAGGUGCAGGACUUCGGCUGGCCUGAUCUCCACGCUCCACCUUUGGACAGGAUCUGUACUGUAUGUAAGGCCAUGGAAACGUGGCUGAGUUCUGAUCCUCACAACGUAGCAGUUCUCCACUGUAAGGGAAACAAAGGGAAGAUGGGUGUCAUUGUGGCAGCCUACAUGCAUUACAGCAAGAUAUCAGCAGGAGCGGACCAGGCGCUCACCACACUGACCAUGAGGAAGUUCUGCGAGGAUAAAGUUUCUUCUUCCCUUCAGCCCUCUCAGAACAGGUACAUCUACUACUUUGGCAGUUUGUUGUCUGGCGCUAUUAAAAUGAAUAGCAGUCCUCUGUUCCUCCAUCAGAUCCUUAUUCCAUCACUGCCAAAUUUUCAGGCAGGAGGAGGUUACUUUCCAUUUCUGAAGAUCUACCAAUCGCUAGAGCUGAUCUACACCUCCUGUGUCUAUGACCCUCAGACCUCUCGAUCCAGGAAGCUAUGUGUGAUGAUGCAACCAGCGUUAUUGUUGAAGGGUGACAUUAUGGUCAAGUGCUAUCAUCGACGGAGCCAGGCAGCAGAAAGAGAGGUGGUGUUCAGGAUCCAGUUCCAUACGUGCACCAUCCACGGUGCCCAGCUUUGGUUUGGCAAGAAGGACCUCGAUGUAGCCUGCACAGAUGACAGGUUCCCUUGUGAUGCUGCAGUGGAGUUUAUCUUUGGCACCACGCCAGAAAAAAUAAAUGAAAACCAGAAGACAGACGCCUCCAUCAACGUGAACUACAACAUCUCAGAUCCAGUGGUCAGAUGGGAUUCUUAUGAGAACCUGAACCUGCACCAUCAAGACAGUCCAGAAAAUAUUUCUCAUACAAGGGGCCCCCUGGAUGGGAGUCUAUACGCGCAAGUGAGAAAACGCCGGGGACCAGGCACGGCUUCCUCGCCCAACGGGUACCUCACCAGAAGCCCAACAGUGAAGACACAGAUUGCCAACCAGUCGCAGACUCUCAGCAGUGCUUCCAGCUGUGUCCUGUCUGAUCACACAGACAACAACUCACACUUCGAUAGUCAUCCUGAAUGCGAGACAACUGAAAGUCUGAUGGAAAGAAGAGGAAGUGAAACAGGAGGGAAAAUACGAGGGAAAGAAGGGGACAGAGAAACAGAGAAUUUAGAAGACGCAAACCUAUCAAAUCUGGGAGGAUUAAGGCGAGAACAUUCAUGUUGUGGUCGAGCAGGUAUUAUAUGUGGAGGUGUGGAGAGGCAAUGGGAGCAAGAGCCUUGCCACUCUAAUGGUCACUGUGCUGGAUGCUGCAACAGCAUCAAAAAACAUCCCAAAAGUCAAACCCUGCCGGCCUUACCAUCCAAAUCUGUGGCCCCUCUACCGCAUUUGACUCAUAUGGAGCUUUGCCACCGCCAUAGUGUCCAUCCUUUGCCAGAGUUAGCAUGGGAACGGCAAGCCCCAUCUGUCCCUUGUCUCCACAGACCGAUCUUCCCUUAUUCCAGUCCUGAACAUGCACAUUCACAUGGUCACACCCUUCCAGCCUCCAGCAGACACUACAAUGAUGAAUGUCAACUUUUCCAUUAUGCAGGCCAAGCACCAACCUCUCACCUUCCCCCCCAAUCACUGCUUUCAAGUCCAUACAGAGAGAUCUUCUACGGCCCGCCAAAUCAGUCGCCCGGAUGUCCCUGUCGAGAGUGCUCCAGCAGGCGAGAGCACCAGGCAGCCUCAGUCAGAGUUCUUCCUUCAAUGCAUCCAGAUCAAGCAGUGGGAUUACAACAAAUUAGAGAGCCAUUGUGGGAAAGUCAAAAUCCAUGGGAAGUGCCAAGAGAGGCUGACUUCUGGCAGUGCAAAUCGGCCGUUCCACCAUUUCACAUCUGUCAUUCUGCCGCUUUAAAUCAGGGUGCAGCGCAGCCGAGGUUUGUCCUCGGACCUCACCAGAGUCAUCCCAGUCCCCAACCUCUUAUUGACAUGCGAGAUGGAGCCAGCAGUGGAUACCACACACCUCCACCUCCACGCCAGUCUUGCCCCUGCCCUCCUUAUCAGUCAUCUCCUGUUGAGAGCCAUGGUAGUCGAGAUUAUGCUUCUGGAUACCUCUCUGGGUCGGCUUCUCCUCUACCAGCCAAUAGUCCAUCUCCUGGGAGGGUAAUACUCCUAGAUACCCCUCCAGGAGCCAAAGAUCAGCAGCAGGAGCAUCUCAAACAUAUAGUGGAAAAGGCCACACCAAGUUCAGAUGUUGACGUGUCCCAGGCUUCAGAGGUUAAUCAGGACCGUUCAAGUACCCAGACGCUGGACUCUGAUCAUGACUAUACAGUCAUUGGUGGAAGCAGCCCUCCACACACAGAAGACACCUCAAGUCAAGAAGCCUCAAUUGCACCAGAAUUCAACACAAAAAGUCGUACAUCUGAUGGAAAACCUGCGGAAACAAAGAUCAAAGAAAAUGAUGAGGAUGCUGAUCAGACUAAGGGUACCACUAUCAUCAUCACACCAGUGGAAGAGCAUCUCAAUGUCUCAAGUGUCACUGGUGAUGGCCAGUUCAGCAGUCCCGGGCUUUCCAACAACUCUUUACAAAAUUCUCCAGCUGAGUCUCCAAGUCGUAGUUCGCCAUCAGCUACCGAUCCACCAGGACAUCGACUAACACCCGAGAGAGACAGCUCAACUGACACCAAACCACCAUCACCUAUGCCUGAUGGUUACCACACUCCAACUUUCCCCUUAGCGCCCUAUUACUACUCUUUGCUAAGUGUCCCCCAUGUCCCUUACACUGGCUACACUGCAGUUACAAUCCCGGCCAUUCAACCACCACUUCCAGAGAAGAAAAGACUCUCUUCAACGCUGGGAUCCCUUAACGAACAUCCUUCUCAUCAACGAUGCUCUCCGGUGCCUUCACCGACUCACAAUUCAACUUUGCCUCCAACUAUGGCAGUCAAUGCUAAGUUUGUUCAAGAUAGCUCCAAGUACUGGUACAAACCAGGCAUCUCCAGAGACCAGGCCAUAGCGGUGUUGAAGGACAAGGAACCAGGAACUUUCCUCAUCAGAGACAGUAAUUCAUUUCAAGGUGCUUAUGGCCUGGCCCUCAAAGUGGCCACGCCUCCUCACAACGCCAACAUCACAGGUAGCAAAGAUGAUGUCCUGGAACAGCUAGUGAGACAUUUCCUCAUUGAGACAGGCCCACGGGGAGUAAAAAUCAAGGGCUGCCAGAAUGAGUCGUAUUUUGGUAGUUUAUCCGCCCUGGUGUACCAACAUUCAAUCACACCCAUCUCUUUGCCAUGUGCCCUUCGCAUCCCAGAACGAGAUCUGGUCGGAGAUCUUCAGGGUGUACGGACUCUAACAAACACAAGCACAGCAGCUGACCUCCUUAAACAGGGAGCAGCUUGCAACGUUCUCUACCUGAACUCUGUGGAAACUGAAUCAUUAACGGGGCCGGAAGCAGUUUCCAAAGCAACCAAAUGUACCCUGGCUCUGAGUCCACGUCCUGCUGCAACGAUGGUUCAUUUCAAAGUUUCCUCUCAGGGUAUCACGCUAACUGACAGCAAAAGAAGGUUAUUUUUCCGGCGGCACUAUCCCAUCAGCAGUGUGACCUUCAGCAGUCUUGACCCCCAAGACCAGAGGAUGUUUGGUUUUGUGGCCAGGCGGACGGCCAGCGCCGCAGAGAAUGUGUGUCACCUCUUCGCAGAGAUGGAUCCAGAGCAACCUGCUGUGGCAAUUGUCAACUUUAUUAAUAAGGUUAUGCUCGGACCACAGCUCCGUAGAUGAAACAUCUGAAAACACUGAGGAGAGGGCAUUGGUUUCAAUGCUUUUCUGACAUACACACUACGUUGACUGUAGUACAAUGCAAAAGACUUUUACACCACUAACUUUGGUUUUUCAAUGAUGUUUUUCUUAGCUUUCUUUAUGACAUUGUAAGUAAAGUAACGGAGGAUCAGUAAUUCUUCCGAUUGUGUGGAACUGACUGUUGAUUUAAUUUGGAUUUUGUGUUCCACUGCGUGUGAAUUAGUUUGCCAUUUUGAGAAGGUUAAUAUAUAUAUAUAUAUAUAUAUAUAUUGUUACAAAUAUUUUCACAACCAGGAUCACACAGAAAAAGUACAAUAAUUCACAAUUUUCAUAAAAGGUGGUUUUUGAGCAUUUGAUGGAACGGUCCACUGCAUAGAAUCUCCUGGCACUGCCCCUGUUUUCAUUAUCCUCAACCAAGAAGGACAAACAAUAAACCCUUCCCUUUACAUUUCAUAAUAUAUAAAUAUUUAAUCUUAUAAAGCAAAGAAUUACAAAGGAAUAAUAUUUGUCAUUGUUUAUUGAUGUCCAAUGAUUUUGAGACUGCAGACAUUUUGGAGCAUUUUGCAACAAUACAACUGAUAUUAAAAACGCUUUAAUAUCUGGCUUAAAAAUAUUUAUUUAAUGACAUGUCUGUUUUUAAUUUCCACUGUUAUUCAGUGUUCCACACAACAUUUUUAGUGGGUAAUGUGGAAUGCAUGAGUGUAAAUGUUUUUUUUUAAGAUUGAUAGAUGUAUUGUUGGAAAACCAGACUGAAUGUGCAAGGGAAAAAUAAUGAUUUGAUGUGGGUAUUUUUUUUUUAACCCAGCAGUUGUAUACAUGGUACUUGUGAAAGGUUGUAUUUUCUCUUAUAUUACAUUUAAAAAGAAAACACCUAUACCUUUAUCUAAUUGUAUUUAAGUUGAAAGGGCACGGAAUGCACUGAUCCAACACACAAACGCAAACAAAAAGACAACGUGAGGCACAGAGCCACAAAAGAAUCAACAAAUUCAAAGACAGAAUAGUAAUGUUAACCUUUUUGUGACUGGAACUAACAAAAUCAAGCCUUAAAGCUGGAAUGUUUCACAAUCGGGGAAAAAUGUCACCCUGGUAUGGUCAUUUUAAACAGAGACGUUACCUCACUUUCUCCAUGCCUCAGAAUGACCACACAUUUGGUCUUGACCUGUUGGAUUUGUUUUGAUUCUCACAAACCAACCAAAAUCCCUGGUAACACACAGCUCAAACCAAAGACAAAGUGUAAAAAUACAUUUCAAGUUUUUUAUUCUUUUUCUCACUUUUGUGUGUUUUUUAC